AGGGAGGUUAUAAAUAGCGAGUUGGUGAAAAGCUUUGUUGUUUGAGCACAUAGCUAACGGUCCAUAGAGGCAAGGGUAGAAACACCUACGAAACUUCUUUUUUUUUCAACGAUGAACAGAAUUAUUCUCAGCAUUUUCGCAGUUGGCCUGUGUUUUUCAGUUGGCCAGGCUCUGCAGUGCUUCAACUGUGAGCUCUGCAUCUUCAACGUGUUCCAGACCAAAGUCACCUGCGGCGCUGACGAGCAAUGUUUCAACGGUGUCGGAAAAGCAGCUCGUGUUUUGGAAAUCAAGACAAAAGGCUGCCUGAAAAUGAACGACUGCAACAAGGUGUCUACAACCAAGUUCCCUUCCAUUUCCAACGUCACAGUCUACAGCGUAAACAAGACCUGCUGUAGCUCGGACCUGUGUAACGCUGCCCCGGGCCAGCCCCGAAUGAGAAUCCUGCACCUGGCCCUUGCCACCACCUUCAUGACCAAAGUCCUAGUGUAAGGGGGGGGGGGGGAGCCCGCCCUCUGGCCUAUACAUAUACAGAGGUCGAUGCGCAUGUAGGUUGAUGGUUCACACAUGCCAACAUUAGCAGCAAUCUGUCCAUGUAUAGAAGUCCUGCAUUAUCUUAUAUAAUUUAGGCCAAGGAGGAAACAUUUAGUGUAUCAUACCAUCUAAACUUCAAUUAUUUCCACAAAAAAAAAAAAAUUGUCCUUGAUGCCUCUGGAAAUCUCUAAAUUAGUUUUUAUUGCUCACUUGGAAAUGCAGUCAGAUUAGCUUUUCCCUGACCCUCAUUCCGUUGCACUUACACACCACGAAAAACGUUCAAUUAAAUGGAAUGCUCACAUACAAUAGGCAACUUUUCAUCAACUUAAUUGAGCAGAUGCCUUCUGGCACUUUAGUAGGACCAUAUUUACCAACUUUGGUGUUGGUUAUACCUGCUUGUACAGUACGUGUCAUGGGUGAUGGACUGCAUUCAGUGUUGUCCCAAUUGCCAUGCUCUAUUAUACAGUAUCCCUGAGGCCAAUGUAUACAUUAAAGGUUAAGUACAUGCCAUUUCAGUCAAUGUUAAUUUCAGAUGAAUGCUAAUUUCAAACCACUAUUUCAAUUUGAUGUUCAAUGUUAAUGAGCCGAUUUAUCCAGCCACUUGGUGUUGGGGAGCUCCACUGAUCACCCAAAUUACAAUUAAUAAUGCAAUUGCUCUAUGACCAUGUUUCCCCCAUUGAUGACCUAGACCAAAGGAGGGCCAGUUGCUAAACUAGUCUCUGUCCCUAGAAAGGGCAAACAAUGUGGUUAAUCUUGUUUUGACCGGGAAUUGUAUCUUUGUCCACCCUGCAUAUUCCGUUUAGCCUAAAGUAAUACUUGUAUUUGUAUGGCAAUAUUAGAAUGUAGGUGUAGAUAAUUAAAUCAAGCUGUAUAAAUAUAAAUAUUUUUAUAAAUAGGAUUUUCUAGGUUAAUUAGAAAUUUCUCAAAUUUACUUGUUUAGGAAGAACUGUGUACUAAUUUGAUGUUGUACUAACUAAAUUGCUUGACUGAUUAGCUAAAUGUGAAACAUUUUAUUUUGAAAACCUAUUUUUAAAAUGUAAAUGUGUAUACUGUACGUGAUUGCUGGGUGACUGCAAAAAUAAAUGAUUAAAGCUUCUACAAAAUCCCUUA